AUGGACUUUGCGCGCAAAAUUGGUAAAUCUGAAAAGCCUCAAAUCUGGGAAAAGACUCGCCAUCCACUUGUAACGACCAGGGAUAACCUUCUUUCCGGAGAUGUAUCUUUUUCGGAAGAUCGUCGCUUCAUAAAUUGGAAGAAAUGGCUUGCCGAUCGGAAAAAGCAAACUCAUCACAUCGAAUCUGUUACUGGUCGUUCGCAGGCCGAUCAGUUACAGAAUUCCUCAGAAAGGUUUCGCAGCUUCGUAGAGAUGAAAAACCUAAUGGAGCACGCUGCCAUACCGGCAUCCGUGAUCACCGAUAAGCCUCACGACGGACCGGCAUUUUGGAGAACGCCCGAAUUCCUGCCGAAUCGCGGUGAUGCUUGCCUGCCGGAAAUAUCCUUGACUCCUAGCAGGAAAGACCUGAAUCUUCGUCCGGAUUUAAUGCACGUUGGAGUGCCAGAUCUAAUAGCGAAGGAGCGAGAUCUCGUCGUCCAAAAAACCAAGGAAGAAUUCUGGAAGCGCAGCGGAUAUCUAAAAACUCGUAAACUCGAACUUGCCGAGGAAAUUGCAUCGCUGCUGCCUAAGGAGCCGGAAACGGCAGCGUUGGCCAUUCAAGGACGUGCCUAUAAGAAAAAGAAAUUACCGCUAUUACGAAUUCCACCGAUAACCAUCACGGAACCUGACGAGGACGAGCCGCGCGAGAAUGCCGAUCAAGUAGCAGUUCUGAAGAUCCAAGAUCGAGAAUUCGUCUGGCAGAAAUCUUCCUUCGGAAGAACGGAGCCGGUAGACACUGAACCUAUCAUGUGGUCUUUAACUUUCGUAGGUAAGAUCAAUGAACAAACGGAAAGAGAGAUCGUGCUCGAAAAUAAAGGAACUCACGUUAUCGCGUAUCAUUGGCGAUACUCGCCCUUCCGGACGUACGGCAUAUCUUUCGUGAAACGCGGCAGUCCGUUCUUCUUCAACAAGACGAAGGGACUCGUACUUCCGGGGCAGAUCGUGAAAAUCAAGGUGUGGUAUCGAUCCAGGAUACGCGGAGUCUUCACCGAGUUUUGGCGAUUCGUCACGGAGCCGAAAUUAAGUUCCUCCACGUUCGUAUUUCGGUUCUGGGGAUGCACAACCGAUGUUCAAAGUGAAAAAUUGACCGAUUGCCAAAUGAUCGACGAAUACCUGAAUCGCCGUAUUCGAGACUCGACGAUAAACUCGAUCAUUGAGGAAAUCAUGGCUGGGGUGGAGCACCAUAAGCCACCGGAGCCGACUUGUGAAAUAUCGCUUUCGCAAAGCGACCUGUUUGUUUCCCUAAAUCCUUCUUAUCAUUAUCAUCCGAGUAUCGUAAUGCAAUUACAAACAAUAUAUUCUGACGUUAUUACCGAUGAAAGCGCGCCAGCUUGGAACUUGUCGCUGGAUACUCUGCGAGACAUUCUUUUGCAGAUAGAAAAUACAAAUUACAAACGCGAUAUGCUCGCCCGGUUUAACAAACUUUGCAAACAGAGUCUCAGGCCAAGAUCGAUCGAAUUUGAUGUCGCACAUUACGAUAAAUAUGACGCUGUGUAUAAUAUUUUAUGUGCUUUCGCGAAUCUGUUUGAAAAUGAAAGUGAACUCGUGAAGAGGAACGGUCUGAUACGAGAAGAGCCUACAACGCCAAUGGAAGUAGAGCAGAAAUUGACGCAGGAAAAGAAGGAAAAUUUUAACUUAAAUUUGCAACCUUAUAGAGAAAUAUUUUUUAUUCGCAUAUAUAAAGCUCUAGAGGAAACAAUAGAACGAGUAUGCUCCAGUAUCGAUUCUUUUCAUAAACUUAAUGAAUUAAAGCUCAAAAUGCAGCAGUAAUUACAUUU